CUUUUAGUAAACCAAAAUAUUGAAGUGUGUUUUUACCCUUUCAUCUCAGUUGCAGAGUGCCCUUCUGCUCCCAUGGAAGCUUACAACAACGAAGAGUUCGCUGUUGGAUGCGCUUUAUCCAUCAAGACUACUUUAGGUGACGAGUUUGAGGCGCAAGUUAUCGCCUAUGACAAACCCUCCAACAUCCUCGUUCUUCAAGAAGGGGUUUCUGCAUCAGGGCCUAAGAGAGACAUAAGGCUAUUAAAAGCCAACUACAUAAAAGAGUUCAGUUUUCUUGGUCAAAGCCAAGACCCACUUGAUACCAAUAAGUGCUAUCUUGAUCUCAAUAGCCUUCAAGCCAGAGAAGAUUCUGCUAUAAGACAAGCAGAGAUAGAUGCUGAGAGAUUUGGGAUUGGGGUCACCUCUGAAGCUCAGAAUAUAUUUGAUGCUUUAUCUAAAACGUUGCCUGUGCGCUGGGACAAGACUGUGAUAGUUGUGAUGAAUGAGGUGCGUGUUAGCAGUCCAUACCUUCCCGAAUCUGUUGCUGGAGGCACUCCUGCUGCUAAUGAAAGAGUGCGGAAAGUGCUUGAGUUGGAGAGGAAGAGGUUGCAAGCCCGUAAUACUGGACAGUGAGGAUUCCUUUUCAUUGGUCUGAGGUAUUCCUUGCAUCGGUAUCCUGCUGAGGAAACAAAUACCAAAGGCUUUAGUAAAAAUGGUCAUACGAGUAGCAUCCUACUUGAGCGAAGAUGUAUUGUGUCUCUCCACCUGUAAGAGAUUUGUACUUGGAAAAUUUUAGUGACAGGAGUUACUCUAUCCCUCACCCCCAUCCCCAAAGAAAACACAAGAUAUAUUUUUUUUUUCAUUUGCUGGUCACAAUGAGGUAAUUUCAAUGUGCCAUAUUAUGUUUACAAGGUUGAUAACUUAAGAAAUGGUGUCAUUCAAGUAGAAACACAGCUUCGGGGGUGAGGAUGAGAUGAAGUUUUUAUCUAAUCAAAAUUUGUUUUCUUUGA